AUGGCCUCCGCUCCGCCGCCGCCGCUCUUCUCCGCCGCCGAGGUGCAGCGGCGCUGCGCGGCCGGCGCCUGCUGGGUGCGGCGCGGCGCCCGCCUCUACGACCUCACGGGCUUCGUGCGGCGCCACCCGGGGGGCGAGCAGCUGCUGCGGGCGCGCGCCGGCCGCGACGUGAGCGCCGACCUGGACGGGCCGCCGCACCGGCACUCGGACAACGCGCGCCGCUGGCUGGAGCAGUACUACGUGGGGGAGCUGCGCGGCCCCACGCAGGAUCCUCAGGAGAAUGGAACUGUAACCUCUGCCAAUGCCCAGGGCACAAAUCCUAACAUGGAUCCAAGAUGCAAAUCAGUGGAUUUUGAAAAGGACCUGGUUGACUGGCAAAAACCUUUGCUGUGGCAGGUGGGCCACUUGGGAGAGAAGUAUGAUGAGUGGGUGCACCAACCUGUGGAUAGACCCCUCCGCCUCUUCCACUCAGAUUUCCUAGAGGCCUGCUCCAAGACUUCUUGGUACAUCGUUCUCGCUGUCUGGUCCCCACUGGUGAUGUACCUCAGCUGGUUCUACUUUAGAGCCCUCACUCAGGACAAUGUUCGGCUCUUCUCAUCAUUCACCACAGAGUACGCCAUCCCUGUGUCCAAAUACGUAUUCCCAUUUUUCCUUGUUAUGGGGAUGUUGUUAUGGACUGCUCUAGAGUACGUCCUCCACCGCUUUGUGUUCCACAUGAGACCACCUGCUAGCAACCAUUACCUCAUCAUGUUCCACUUCCUCAUCCAUGGCCAGCACCACAAGUCCCCAUUCGAUGGCUCCCGCUUGGUCUUCCCCCCUGUGCCUGCUUCCCUGAUAAUUGCCUGUGCCUACAUGUCGCUCCGCCUCCUCCUACCUGAAGCUGUCGCGGGCAUCAUCUUCACAGGUGGCCUCCUUGGCUACAUCAUCUACGACAUGAUGCACUAUUACCUGCACUAUGGGUCACCAUCCAAGGGCACCUACUUGUACAAGAUGAAGGCCUACCAUGUUAAACACCACUUUGAACACCAAAAGUCAGGGUUCGGCAUCUCCUCCAAGGUCUGGGAUAUAUUCUUCAACACCCUCAUUCCAGAGACCUCAGAGAAGGAGCUGUAGCACCUUCCCAGCCCCUUUACUUUUUUCUCCCUGGUGCCACCCUUCCCUCCCUCUAGGCUAACACUUCCUCCCCUCACCCUUUAGCCGGUGACCCCUGCAGGAUGCCUGGGCCACUGGGUGGGUCAGCCUCACUGGCCCAAUGAGAGGUGGUGGUGAUUCCCUAAGGAUAAGAGGGACCAAUGCCUUCCUAACACAUCCCAGAAAAGAAGAAGUUGUUCUAAACUCCCAGUAACUGAGAAACUCCAGCUCACCCAUGGAACGCCCUCCUGGCAGCCUGCCCACCUGAGACCCCCCGCAGGCUCACUGUGGCCUCAGUCCUUCACCAAGAGUCAAGAGCCCUGAGUCCAAAGAGCCACAACCCUAGAGAGGAGUGAAGGAAACAGACCAGACCCCAUGGGAAAGGAGCCAGGGGCUACCCUAUGAUCCUUUCAAAGGCUCUCUUGUAAGAGACCCCUGAUGACGUCUGUGGCAGAGGCCUCCACGCUGCAGGAGCCAGAUCAGCUGGUGGCUCCUCCCAUCUCCCUUCCUCCCUCAUGGAGCAAGUCUUUCUUUACUCUUUGGGUGGAGGGGCAAGCUGGUCCAUCCGGGAGAUGGCGCAGCAAGGCCUGAAAUAUAUGAAGGGUUCUCACUCAUUGCCCAUGAUCUUCUGUGGAUAACUCCCUCAGUGCCUAGGUCUGAGGCUGCCUCCAGCAGACACCAACCACAAGUGCCAAUAAUAAAGCCAAAUAAGUGCCUCCUAGACUGAUGGCCUUAAGACCUGGCAGGCAUUCAGGAAAGGCCUGGAGACCACUCAUUCAUCCCCAUGAGCUGGGCCUCCAGUCCCCAAACCUGCCUCUUCAGAAGCAGGGAGUGGCCCAGUGAGAGUCCAUAAGGUGCUAGUCAUCAGCUGGAAGGCUGGCCAAAGACAUCACCCCUUUCUCUCCAUCACUAAUGCUCUGUCAUGAGAAAUCAUCCCUUAUGCCCCACUGAGGACCCCUGGCCAGCUAGGAGGCAGACACUACCGCAGUGCUAUUGGGAAAGUGAAGUGACUGAGGUGCCUUCCUUCCUCACCCUUCCUUUUCUCAGACAAAUCUAGCAUUGGGCCACAGUCCCAUCAGUCCAUAUUCCUGGUGCCUUAGUCACCUUCUUCUCAGACCCUCCCAACAACUACCAUCCCCCAAAUGUGCUGAGAUGGGCUGCCAUGUGAACUGGUGUCUUGGGGUCUUCAUCUUCCCACUUUGCCCCGACCCAACCUGGCUGGCCUCCCUCUGUCCCCUGCUUCAGGCCCAUGACAUGAAGCACCCUCCUCUUCCUCUUAACCAAACCUCUCUCACUGCUUUAAAGCGGGUCUUAUUUAUAAGCCAUUUGAAAUUCUCCUAGCUUGGCCCUGGGCCAAGUUCGGGUUUCACAUGCUGCCUUUCCUAACUCCAGAUGUGGACCCCCAUGUAAGUUUGUUCUUAUCGUUGGGUUUUUUCCUAUUCCCAUCCUCAAAUGGUUAUUUCUUGAAAGUUUAAAAAAAAUUCAAUGAUUAUCAAAAGACAUGGUUUGGGCUGAUCUUGUGAUUUCUGAUAUUUACCGUGGAGAUAUUUAAAGGUUUUGGAAGAAGUCUAUAGAGCUGUAGUUGUGAAAUAAAGAUGUAAAUAUUGUUUAUUUUG